CGGCACCAAAACGGAAGCACUUCAUUGGUCCGCGAGGCCAAGCUCGAGAUCAGCAUCUACUGAAGUAGCGAGAUGGCUCACAGGCUGCUGCUACGUAGACUCUGGACGCUCUCUGUGAAAGAUACCCUCUGCCUCCCCAAGUCCACUGCCACAGUCACUUCCUCUUCAUUUUCCACAUCCCUUCACUCCACAACCCGGAUCUCCUUCCUGUCUCCAUCACGCAGUCUGCCUCGUGCCCUUCCUCACACCUCUCGCCGGGAAGUCUCCUUCAAUGUUCAGGACAACGAGGACUUCACAGAGAGGGUCAUCAACAGCGAGCUGCCUGUGCUAGUGGACUUCCAUGCACAGUGGUGUGGCCCCUGUAAGAUCCUCGGGCCGAGGUUGGAGAAAGCUGUUGCAAAACAGAAAGGUCGCGUCGCCAUGGCAAAAGUUGACAUAGAUGACCACACAGAUUUGGCUAUCGAAUAUGGGGUGUCCGCCGUUCCCACGGUCAUCGCCAUGCGGGGAGGCGACGUCGUCGACCACUUUGUGGGGAUCAAAGAUGAUGAUGAGCUGGACUCAUUUGUCAGCAAAGUCAUUGGACAAUGAUAUCCACCUGUCCCCACGCAGCCACACCCCAACAUCGUUCUCGUGCUGUUUUCUUCGCUUCUGGCACAGUCGCCGAGCCCUUGGCCGCCAUUUUGAGCCUGUUUAACAAUCACCAUUAAGUAAACAAAACCUCACCACAAUCACAACUGGCAGACUCUCAAAUGCUCACACCCAUCCCUAGACGCGUUGCUACAGCUGCGCAUUGUCUCUCUCUGUCUCCCUGUUGUUUUUUUUAUUGUCUGGUGAUGGGUGUGUGCUCCAUUUUGCAGCAGUUCCAUGUUCCUUUCAUAAUGUGACUAUUCUUGCUAAGCCUGGUGUAAGUUAUCUGUAAAAAUCUAAGUUGGAUGGAAAAUAAAUGUGCUCUACUGCA